AUGUCGUCGCACCUAUUCGACGCCGUCGUCGCGCACAGCGAUCCCGCCGCGCAUCUCGCCCACCCCGCCUCCGCCCCACUCUCCCAUCCCCGCCGGACCUCGCCGCGUGCCGUGCCGCCGCCGCGCGAGGCGCACCACUUGCUCGUCUUGGAGGGCUCGCGCUUCACAUGCGUCAGCGCGCCGCUCUCGCUCUCGCUGCGCCUCUGCUUCCAAGACCACAGCGCCAGGGGUACCGCCGCCGCUGACUGCUCGGACUACCAUCAGCACGCCGAGCAGCGCGCGCAACUGCUCGCGCCGCCCUUUGACGGCGGUUCCCCUGAUAUCUCUCCCGAAAGGCGGGGGAACGGAGCCUUGGGCGAGUCCACGGGGAUAGGCCUUGGCGCAAGGCAGGAGGCGGAGGAGGCGGAGGAAGCGGAAGAGGCGGGGGAUGCGUGCUGCGAGCGGGAGGGGAUGCACGUGCACGCGCACGUGCAUCAUGGCGACGCGAUCACCGAAGACGUGCUGCUCGAACCGUGCCUGCACGAAGGUGUGCUGUCGCCCUGCCUGUGCCCCUCCCCGGCCCCCUCGCCCCGCCUCCCCUCUCUCUGCGCCCUGCGCGCAUCCUCCCCUGACUGCAUCGACACAUCCAGUGGCGCAAUUGUCGGGGAAGGGGGGAAUGACGCUUCGAGGAGAGAGGGGGAGGGUGUGACGGGGUCAGUGACGGAGGGGCAUGACGGCGCAGAGGAGCAGGGCGAGGGGGGCUGGCACGUGCAUGAGGAGGGGUGUGGGCAUGGUCGCAUAGUGCAUGGCGACCACGUGGACUACCUCAUGCCGCUCCUCGAUGGCUCCUUCCUGCUGCACCACGCGCAUCACCUGCCCCAUGCGCCCCACACGCAUCACUCGCCCCCCCAUGCGCAUGCAAUGCGUGAUGCGCACGGGCAUGGUGAUGAGCACGGGCAUGGUGAUGAGCACGGGCAUGGUGAUGCGCACGGGCAUGGUGAUGAGCACGGGCAUGGUGAUGAGCACGGGCAUGGUGAUGAGCACGGGCAUGGUGAUGAGCACGGGCAUGGUGAUGAGCACGGGCAUGGUGAUGCGCACGGGCAUGGUGAUGAGCACGGGCAUGGUGAUGCGCACGGGCAUGGUGAUGAGCACGGGCAUGGUGAUGAGCACGGGCAUGGUGAUGCGCACGGGCAUGGUGAUGAGCACGGGCAUGGGGAUGCGCGCCCUGUGCACGGGGAAGCACAUGAUGGCCAUUCUGGCGAUCCUGCUCACCUCACCACCCAUGCCCACGCCCAUACCCACGCUCAUACCCAUGCGCAUGCCCACGCCCAUACCCAUGCCCAUGCCCAUCCUGGUUCGGACCCUCAUCCGCAUGCGGCAGCAAGCGCACAUGGCAGUGGCAUGGCAGCAGGGCCAUCCGUGAGCCAUCCCGUGCAGCCCCAUUCCCAUGGACCCACACCGCCUUGCGCCUCCUCGCCUGCCUGUGGAAGCAGCUGCAGCGCUGCCAGCCACAGCAGCACCCCGCAUGCUGCGCACUCUGCCAGCACCACUGCCCCGCACGCUCACCCCGCUGAGGCGCACAGGCAUGACGCGGCGGCAAGCACAUGCGGUUACCACGUGCACGAGCACGGGCGGCUGGUGAGGGUCGGCGCUGCCACGGGGCUGCUGAGGCGGCGCGUGGGCAAGCAGCGUGUGGAGGUGUUUGACUUUGUGCGCCAUGCACCCACCCCCGCCCACACUCCCACGUGCGCCCGCAGCUGUGGCAGUGCGGCAGCGGGAUGCUGCUCUGAUGCCAUCUGCUCCUACACUCGGUUGCCGUCCUGUGAUGCAUGUGAUUAUAUGGAGGGCAACGAAGGAGCAGCACAGAAGGGAGUGAAGCGGCGUGAUUCUUCUGGAGCGGAGGAGCAGGCAGGUCCGUGUGGUGGGGGUGCAUCUUCCGACCCUGCUGCAGCUGCAGCGAGUCUGCUUGAUGCUGACGUGGCACAGGUGGUGAAGAGUCAAAGGGUGCAGGCAAAAGCAGCUUCUCUGAUUGGCUGUCAUGCCCCGAUGCCACCUUUGGCACGUGAGGAGCAGUCCCGUGGCAGUGAACAGUGUUGUACAGCCAGUAAGCUUCAUGACAAAGACGAUCAUGGCUGCAGCAGCAACGGCGGCGGCCAUCACCGUCACAGCAGGCACAGUCACGCUUGCACGACCAGCCAUGCUGCUGCUGCUGGCAGCGCUAAUGGCGUUGACAUCAGCGAGGCAGCAGUGGGAGGGGCGACGGGGUGUGGCGGGCAGGGCUGCUGCACUCAUGCAGAGGGCACUGGGAGUUCAGGCGAGAUGGUGGUGCUGGUGGGUGGGGGCGACAGGGAGGGGGGCGGAGAGGAGGCAGAGGUAGUAGGCGAGUGGAUGACCAGAAAGCCGUCUCGAUUCGUCUGGUGGUCAACCAGCGCGUGCAAGCGAGCAGUCACUGCCAUGGCCAGCGCAGCAACCAAGGCCUUCCAAGGUGCCCUGCCGCACAGCAAUGCUUCCGCGCCUGCUGCUGCCGCCCCUGCUGCUGGCGGGGCAGUGGUGACGUCACGGGUGGACGUGUUGGGGCUGUGCUGCACGGCGGAGGUGGCGGUGGUGCAGCGAGUGGUGGAGGCGCUGCCAGGCGUGCUGCACGUCGCCGUCUCCGUGCCCACCAGGACUGCCCUCGUGCGCCAUAACGCCUCCAUCACCCCUGUUGCUCAUAUUGUGGCGGCGCUGAACGACGCGCAUCUGAAUGCCAGCGAGCAGCACAGGGGGCGGGUGCGCGUGGCGUCGUCGCUGCCGUCGCCCUCCACACUGCUGUCGGGCGCGCUGCUGCUCGUCUCCCUCUUCCACUACCUCCUCCCCCCCCUUGAGUUCGUCGCCCUCGCCUCCAUCGCCGCUGGCUUGCCGCCCAUUCUGCUGAGCAGCCUCGCUGCACUGAGGAGGUUCAUACUCGAUAUAAACACACUCAUGGUCAUUGCAGUGGGGGGCGCCAUAGCCAUUGGCGAGUAUGUGGAGGGCGCCUCUGUGGUCUUCCUCUUCUCCCUCGCCCACUUCCUUGAAGCACGCUCCACUGAUAAGGCGCGGGUGGCCAUCCAGUCACUCAUCGACCGCGCCCCACAGACGGCUGAGCUGGCCGCCACAGGCGAGCAGGUGGCGGUGGAGGACGUGGCGGUGGCCACGCUGCUCGCAGUGCGCCCAGGCGCUCUCGUGCCGGUGGAUGGAGUGGUGCAGAGCGGUGCGAGCAGCGUGGAUGAGAGCAGUCUGACAGGCGAGUCGCUGCCAGUGUUCAAGGACGUGGGCGCUCCUGUGUGGGCCGGCACCAUCAACACCACAGGCUACUUCACCAUGAGAGCCACGGCGCUGGCGUGCGACUCGGCAGUGGCGCGCAUGGUGGCGCUCAUCGAGGCAGCGCAGGCCAACCGCUCGCCCUCACAGCGCCUCGUGGAGUCGUUCGCCCGCGUCUACACGCCCACCAUCGUGCUCUCUGCGCUGCUGCUCGCCCUCGUGCCGCUCGCCGUGCCCUCCGCCGACCACCUCUACUUCUUCCGCCUCGCACUGCUGCUGCUCGUCGUCGCCUGCCCGUGCGCCCUCGUGCUCUCCACGCCCGUCACCGCUGUGUGCGGCAUCGCACGCGCCGCAAAGGACGGGGUGCUGGUGAAGGGCGGCGCGCACCUGGAGAUGCUGGGGCGCGUGCGGGCGGUGGGUGUGGACAAGACGGGCACGCUCACACAUGGCCGCUUCCAAGUGGUGGGCUUUGAACUCGUGGACGGCGCUGCCUGCACCAAGCACGAGUGCCUCCAGUGGCUGGCAGGCGCAGAGAGGCAAUCCAGCCAUCCCAUGGCGUCCGCCCUGCUGGCCUACUGCCGCCACCACGGCGUUGAGUCCAACGGGCCGCUGCCGGCUGCUGCUGCAUGCGCCCCUGUAACAGCAGCAGGCUGCGCACACCCCCAUUCCACGUGCUCCCGUGCUGGUGCAGGCAGCAGCUGGGGCGACUUGAGUUGUGGAAGCAGCAGCAAGAUGGGUAGGAACGGUAGUGGCACAUGUAGCACACGUGCUACUGCUAAUGGUGGAUGCAGCAAGCCACACGUCACAUGCAAUGCGGCUGCUGACACAUGUGGCAUGCCAGAUGGCGCAUGUGCCAUGCUGGGUGGGGCAUGUGAAGACAAUGGAGGGUCAUGUGGUGGCAGUAGCCUGCCCCACCCACCCAACCAUUACCCCCUCGUUGUUUUCUUGCUCUGCAUUAAUCUCAAAGCUACGCUCACUUGCCUCCCUGUGGACGGCCAUCGCAACGGGUUCACCUCUGUUCGUCCUCUCCCACCCUCCCACAUCCCACCAGCCAUCGCCCCCGCGCUGCUCUCCCACUGGCUCAGCCUCGGAGCCACGGUGGUGUGGCUCGGCGUGGACGGCCACCCCAAGGCAGUGAUUGCCGCAGCUGACUCGCUUCGGGCCGAAGCUGCGGAGGCGGUUGGGCAGCUGGUGAGGGGACUGGGGCUGCACGUGGCCAUGCUGACGGGCGACAAUGCGGGCGCUGCCAGUGCCGUGCAGCAGCAGGUGCGAACGAGGGGGGUGUUGGGUUUGAGGGGAGAACAGGGGGGAAAGAGGGAAGAGGGGAGGGGGGUGUUUGGUUUUAGCCUUUGUGGCUGA